GUGUGGCCACUCGUGGGCGUGGUCAUUGAUUGGGUGCGGUCCCUUGUGGGCGUGGUCGGAGCUGGCGAGGCCCCGCCCACUGCCCAGCGGAGCGAGCGGAGCUGCCGGAGCCGCGGGACCCCCGAGCGCGGCCCCACCAUGAAUUUCCUCCCGGCCGCCGUCACCGCCCUUCAUCUCCUCGUGCUCCUCCUCUUCUUCAUCGCCACCCUGGAUAAGGGCUGGUGGGUGCUGCCAGAUUCUCAGGGGCUCAACCUCUGGUACGACUGCGCCCCCCAAAAUCGCUCCCAGGGCUGGGAGUGCAGCAGCCUCGGGCUCAGCCCCCUCCUCAGGGGUGUCCAAGGUCUCGUGGUCUCGUCCCUGCUGCUCUCGGCCCUCGGCCUCCUCCUCUUCCUCGGGCAGCUCCUGCUGGGGCCCCGCGGGCGCCUCCUCCUGGCCCCGGCCACGGCGCAGCUGCUGGCAGGGCUGGCAGCGCUGCUGGGGGCGGGGCUCUUUGUGGCCGGAGGUGACCGGGCCAGUGGUGGCCGCCCCGGGCACUGCCCAGUGCUGGCCGGGCUGGGAGGGGCCCUGGCACUGGUCAGUGGUGGGGGCUACCUGAGGCUGCGGACACGGGACUGAGCUGGACAUCAGGACAUGGCCACUGGUCACUGGACAUGGCCACUGGUCACUGCUGGGGGCUACCUGAGGCUGCGGACACGGGACUGAGCUGGACAUCAGGACACUGGUCACUGG